GACCGGCUGUCAUUGAUGAUGCUGAAAUUAGUUGCCCUUUCCCUUGUGGGAUUGAAAUCAACUAUGGAGGAUGCAACGAUAAAGAUAGCGCAAAGGAGGCUUCAUCACUGGAUUUUUUUCUAUGCUUUACCAAAUUUGCUCGCAUAUGCGGAGCAAUUUCACACCAACUCUACUCUGCGACAGCUCUCACCUUAACCUCUGGUCAGCUACAAGGGAAAGCAGUCAUACUUCUCGAUCAAUUGGAAGCAUGGUGCGGGGCGAUUCCGGAAGAAAUUAAGCCUUCAAAACCCGUUGGGCGGCGAUGCAACACCUUGAACUUGUCGAAGACACAGGUGAUGAUUUUGCACUUUUCGUAUUACUACGCACUGUGCGCGGUUUAUCGAAGAUUCUCACCCUUGUUCACCCAAGAGCAGGGUAGUGUCCAACUUCCUCACCACAACCACCCUACACACAUCGAAGCAGCUAGAUCCAUGGCGUUGCUUACGAAGCAUCUCGAUGUAGAGAGCUUCACUCCAGGCUGGCUUGCCUUCUAUUAUCCUUUUACCGCCCUUACCACUAUCUUCAUCCACGUUUUGUCAUCUCCUCUAGACGAAUCUACACCGCGUGAUAUUGUCUUGAUGGAAACUAUUGUCGGUCUCUUGGGUCGCUUAGAAUAUGUGACAUCAGGAGAAGCUGCCUUCACGAAUAGCAGAGAGUUCGUCCGCCAGGCACGUCUCUUUGUAGAUAGGCAUAGAAAACCCGCAUAUCACAACUCGAUGACUGAUAGCGCAGACAGAAGGAGCAAUGAUGUUCCUGAUGAUCACUCGCAGCAAAGCCAAUCGUAUUUGGACCAGACCUUGUUCGAUGGAGCAGGAUCCUUGUCAACUCUAUCAGGCACGCGUGUUGCGUCUAGACGCGCGGCGGAGGAUGAAUUGUUCACUACGUUGACGACCCCGCCAAACCAUGACCUUGACGGAACCUACGUGCACCGAUUGUUAUAUCCCGACAUGGUGCCCACUUUAUCACCUCCCGUGGACAUUUCCAACGACCACGAUCAAUGGUUGGGGACAUGGGUGCCAGCUCCCAUAAUUUCCAGCUGAGCCAGAUACCCCUUUGCUCAGCUUUUCGCCCAAAGCUUGAAGCUGUUCCUUAUCGCCCAAACACAUUGAUUCG